UUCAGAAGUAAGAACAAGUCGGCAAACUAUCUUUCUCCUCUUUCUCUUUCCUACUGUCAUUUGGAAGCAAACUUUAAAAGAUAUAUCAAUAAAUCCCGAAUCUUCCGGCUUUAUGCCGGCACUCUGCUUUCCAAAAUUUUGCUCCUUCCUUCCACUAUUUUUGCUGAAUUUUGUUCCAAAUCCUUUCAAUUCUUUCAUACAUUGUUGGUGUUGACCCUAGGCGACUGAAAGAUAAAUUGCAGGUGAUCAGCCGGCUAAUUGGAGGUCUUUCGUGGAUUUUUCUGCUUCAUGAGGGGAAUGCUGGUUUGUUAAUGGUUCUGGAGCUUACGCGUGAUAACUUGAUCGAGUGACAACUAGGCGCGUUCUCGCCAUCAGAUCUUAUUUCUAAGUUGAUCAUGUCGGAAUCACUAGAACAGUUUGCCUGGUCGCGUUUUGAUGGCUUCUCUAGUUAUGAUGAACGUAGAGAACGAAAAUCUGAUCUGGAAUACUCUGAAGAUGAAAGGAAAUCAAGAAGUGGAUCGUUGAGGAAAAGAGCAAUUGAUGCUUCGACUAUAUUUAAGCAUUCAUUGAAAAAGAAGAAGAACAGGAGAAAGAGUGACAAUAGGGUUAUCUCACUUUCAAUCGAGGAUAUAAGAGAUAUAAAGGAGCUUCAAGCUGUUGAUGCGUUCCGUCAAUCAUUAAUUUUAGAUGAGCUUCUUCCAUCAAAGCAUGAUGAUUACCAUAAGAUGUUGAGGUUUUUGAAGGCUCGCAAAUUUGAUAUUGAGAAAGCAAAGCAAAUGUGGGCUGAAAUGCUUCAGUGGAGGAAGGAGUAUGGGGCUGAUACGAUUAUUGAGGAUUUUCAGUAUGAAGAACUACCUGAAGUUUUGAAGUACUAUCCGCAUGGUUAUCAUGGCGUUGACAAGGAGGGGAGGCCAGUUUACAUUGAACAAUUGGGAAAAGUUGAACCGAACAAACUUAUGCAUGUUACAACUAUUGACCGAUAUGUGCGAUAUCAUGUGAAGGAGUUUGAGAGGAGCUUUUUGAUCAAAUUUCCAGCUUGUUCAGUUGCUGCUAAACGGCAUAUUGACUCCACUACAACUAUUUUGGAUGUGCAAGGCGUGAGUUUGAAAAACUUCAGCAAGACUGCAAGGGAACUGAUUCAAAGGUUACAAAAAAUUGACAAUGAUAAUUACCCUGAGACAUUAUACCGCAUGUAUAUUAUCAAUGCUGGCCCCAGUUUUAGGUUGCUAUGGAACACUGUAAAAUCAUUCCUCGACCCAAGGACAACUUCAAAGAUAAACGUUAUUGGUACCAAGUAUCAGAGUAAGCUUCUUGAAAUUAUUGAUACUCGUGAGUUGCCAGAAUUUUUUGGCGGUACUUGUACCUGCGGUGAUGUGGGAGGAUGCCUGAAGGCUGAAAAAGGGCCAUGGAAAGACCCUAUUAUUUUGAAGAUGGUUCUUAGUGGAGAGGCCCAAUAUGCCCGGCAAAUAGUAACAGUUUCUAGUGGAGAGGGAAGGCUAAUUGCUUAUGCUAAACCAAAAUAUCCAAUAGUGAAGGGAAGUGAUAAUUCCACUACUGAAUCUGGAUCAGAAAAAGAGAAUAUUGCAUCCCUUAAACCAAUAGAGCCUUCCGUCUCAUACAACUUUUUAAGCCCUGUGCGAGAACCGCCAAAAAUGAUAGGGAAGGGCACCCACCCUUUAAGAUCCUCAGAACCUGAUGAGCAUAGUCCAAUAAUUGACAAGGCUAUGGAUGUAGGAUGGACAAAAGAGGCUUCUAAAAGGUCAUCUGCACUCAAAGGUUUGGCAGAGACUCACAAGUCUACGGAUGGAACACCCAAACAAAUACUUGCAUUUAUUAUGUCCUUUGCCAUGGCUCUACUUACACUGCUUCAUACGGUCACCGGUUUUGCCAAAAAGAAGCUUCAACAAGGAAACUGUGAAUCUAUUUGGCGUGAUGCAGCAUUAGCUAAAAACUCGGCACCUAAGGAGUUUCAGCCAUCAUCUACCCAUGGUUUUACAGAGGCCAACCUCCUUUCAUCCGUUCUAAAAAGGCUCAGUGAGCUGGAAAAAAAUUUUGACAUCCUCCAAUCUAAACCAUUAGAAAUGCCUUGUGAGAAGGAAGAGUUGCUCAGUGCUUCUGUUCGCCGUGUGGACGCAUUAGAAGCUGAACUUAUUGCUACCAAAAAGGCUUUAUAUGAAUCUCUAAUGAGGCAAGAAGAACUGUUGGCCUAUAUUGACCGCCGGGAACAAGCUAAAUUUCGGAAGAAGAAACGUUGCUGCUGAAGCAAAGGUAGCCGUUAUGUUUGGUCCCGCUGUUCUGCUAUUCCCCUUUGAUGAGUAAGAGAAGAUAAUUCAAUUUUAUUUAUUGAAGGAAAAAUGUUGUUUAUUUAUAAAUGAUGGAGAGGAAAUUCUUCUGGCCGCCUGUCGGGACUUUAAACUUUGCAAUAAAUAUAAGCUUUCACCCACUUGCUCAUAGGAAUAUGUUGUAAAAACUAACACCGUAUCGAUCUAAUGGGCUGUAUUUUUCUAUGAGUGAAAAAAUAUAAGUGAAUUUUGUGAUU